AUGUUCUUCUUCCUGCUCAACCUGGCCCUCGCUGACCUGGGCUCCAUCUGCACCACUGUCCCCAAAGCCAUGCACAAUUCCCUCUGGGACACCAGGAACAUCUCCUACAUAGGAUGUGCUGCACAGGUCUUCUUUUUUGUGUUCUGUGGUAUAACAGAAUAUUUCCUCCUGACGAUCAUGUGCUAUGACCGCUACGUGUCCAUCUGCAAACCCCUGCACUAUGGGACCCUCCUGGGCAGCAGAGCUUGUGCCCACAUGGCAGCAGCUGCCUGGGCCAGUGGCUUUCUCUAUUCACUGCUGCACACGGCCAAUACAUUUUCCCUGCCCCUGUGCCAUGGCAAUGCCCUGGGCCAGUUCUUCUGUGAAAUCCCACACAUCCUCAAGCUCUCCUGCUCCAAAUCCUACCUCAGGGAACUUGGGCUUCUUGUGUUUUCCAUCUGUUUCGGUUUUGGUUGUUUUGUGUUCAUUGUUUUCUCCUAUGUGCAGAUCUUCAGGGCUGUGCUGAGGAUCCCCUCUGAGCAGGGACGGCACAAAGCCUUCCUCCCUCACCUGGCUAUGGUCACCCUGUUCUUCAGCACUGCCAUAUUUGCCUACCUGAAGCCCCCCUCCAUCUCCUCCCCAUCCCUGGAUCUGGCCCUGUCAGUUCUGUACUCAGUGGUGCCUCCAGCCCUGAACCCCCUCAUCUACAGCCUGAGGAACCAGGAGCUCAAGGCUGCAGGGUGGACACUGAUGACUGGAUGCUUUCAGAAACAUUAA